CCCUAUAAAGGUCAGAUGAAUAGACUGUGUAGAUUUAGUAAUAAAUGUGGUAAAAAAUAUUGCUUAGUGUUCGAGUUUGUAGUUUCCUUUAUUUCGCAAGCGUUUGUUUAUCUUAGAUACCAAGGUUUAAGACACUCGGUGGACUCGGUCGCGUCGUAUUCUAGUCAGAAUCACGUUGACCGAAUAAGGGCACAGAAUUUCUCAGCGGCUUCUUGUCAAGACGAAGGCGACUUCGGAUCGAUCAAGACAAGCUUAUUCAGACGGUCAUUGGAAUCAAACAAACGGCCAGAGAGCGUGACCUCAAACACAAGCUCCACAAGAAGCCGCCUUCGAGAACUUGUCGAGAGGAAAUCGAGUCAGGACGACCACAAGUCCGCGGCAAACACCGUCGGUGACAUACAAUACUUUGAGAACCCCACUGAAACGUUAGAAUUCGACAGACCGCGGAAUUCAUUAGAGUCUAAUAAGAGUAAAGACGAACGUCCCAAGAAGAGGAAAUUAUCUAAGAGUAAAGAGAAAGACAAAGAAUUGAGCGAAAACAAAAGUAAAAAACAUGAGAAGUAUCAAAGCAAAUUAGCUGAAUAUUACAAGCUUCCUAUUCAGUUGCCCCAAGACGAGUUUUAUCAACAUUUAACACGAUCAAAAGCAGCAGAGGAACUUCUGCAAAAGCGAUUUUCAAAUUCCGACACAGAAUUCACUGGUAGUUACGGAAGAUUGUGCAAACACAAAGAAUCGGAAGGAUCGAACUUACGGCGCAGUCGAAGUUUGGCUGUUAUACGAGAGGAAACCUUUACUGACCUACAAAUUCAGAAUCAUUCGAAAAGUAAAAGAUCUCAGCUAAUACCUCGCGCCCGCUUGUUUGAUAAGCCCUGCUUCAAAGACAGGUUAAUUGGUCGUACAAAAUACCAAACUAAGGAAGAAGUUUUGGAAAGUAUUUAUAUAGACAGUACUGCUUCUUGUUUCGGUGACAUAAACGACCAUACAAAAACUCCUGAACGUACUGAUCAUAAAUCAGAUAAAGAAGACGCUGUAUCUCGCAAUGAGAGUCAUCGGUCCAGAUCUGUAAGCGGAAGCUGGACUAAUUUAAACGAAGAAUUGAAACAAACAAAUCUGUCUGAAGAUAGUAUCGGACAUUCACGGAAUCCAAGCGAAAUUGAUAGCUUAGAUUCCAACUACGUAAGAAAACAUUACAAUUUUGAAGAACAUAGACAAAGUUAUAAAGAAAGUUCUCCUGAAACAGAACGGUCUAUUCCAUCUCCAAAUCUAAGCAAAGAAUUAUACGUGACAACAGACGAACACUGUACUGACAACGAAGAUAAAGACAGAUCUAAAAAUAAUACGCCAAAAUCAUUCACCAACGAUAGUCUAUCACGUAGUGAAAAAGAUAAGAACGAAUCUGACGAUAUAAAGGCAGCUAGCACACCAAAACCGUUUGACGACACUUCAUUAAAAAGCAAACAAAGUGAAUAUAAAGAAGAUUCGAUACCGAAAGAUAUAAAUCCAACUGAAAUAAAAGAAGAAACUGACAGACAGUCGGUAGUUUCCGAAAACGACGAAACUAUUUCAAGUCCACCUGAUAGUAUCACUUCCUAUAUUUCAAUAUCUAUAGCCUCAUCAGAGAAGUCUCAUAAAUUGGAAUACUUAGCCAACUCCCUAGCUGAAAAGAUUGAUGAGUAUUGCGAUUCUCAAUUCAAAGAAAACGCUUCUACUUCUUCACAAACCAUAAAUUGCGAAAAAUUCAAUACAUCUGACGGUGAUCCAAUAUAUACCAAGGUAAAUAAGAAAAAGACGUUUGCAGAUAUCCGAAGAGACUCAUUUCUAAAUAAAAACAAAAAUCUAUUUAACGAAAUUCUCAAAAAGCAGAACAACGAAGUCUACGUCAGCAACACAUACAUUGAAAGUGAUACUUAUUCUACUAAAAGUAAUUGCACGUCAAAAAAUAUAACCACAGAACCAUUUGUAACAACAUUGAUAGAGAACCAGUAUUACUCUUUGCCUGACAUAAAUAUUAGUAAAUGUCUUAGAAAAUCAGAACGAAUUGACGCUCAGUUGAGGCAAGAAGAUCCUGAAGAUAUACCUUGUGAAACCUCCUGUGAGCUAACGCAGUCCCACUUUCGUGAUAUUUUGUCUGCUAAGAGUAACGAUGAUUACGGGCAAUUAAAUAAAACAUAUGCAAUACCCAAACAUAACAUUAAAAUCCAGACGAAUAAUUGUAUAUAUCUACCAGAUUAUUCUGAGCCACAAGUAAUACAAACUUUUUCAAAACUAGAAGACGACUUAAAAUCAAUUAUCACUAUCGACAGUUCUAACGCUGACGAUAAGGACGCAAAUUACUUUAGAACAGAAUAUCAUCAAAACGAGAGGGAAAUAAAUGAAAUCGAAGGAACAAUAAGAAACAACAAAUUGAUCACAAAAUCAGAAAGUUUAAAACUUUACAUAAAUACUGAACAUAAACCAGAAAUAAACAAAUCAAAAUCUCUUUCAAACGAUAAUAUAAAUAAAACCUUACAAGACAAGAAAACUAAAACAAAUAUUAAAAAACAUUACUCACUUAGACAACGCGAGCCAUCUUUAGAUGAAGAUCAUCGUGUACCCAGUCCAAACAGUAUAGAGAAAAGUGUUACCAAAAGUAACGAACCACUAUUAGUGAAAUCUCCUCAAAUCGAAGAAAUAAAAAAUAAUUCCCUAUUGUCUCGAGUCCAGUCGUUCAAGACAUCUUCUGACGCAAAUAUUACAAUUGUUCCUUUAAGCGGGCAUCAAACUAUUGUUAUUAAUCCUCCAUUAACACAAAACUUAAAAGAUAAUAAAGAUUUAGUUGCACCUAGCGAACCGAAAUCGGCUCUAUCAAUUAAAACAGAAACAACAUCAGAAUCAAAGAAAGAUACAAAAAUUGAAGAAGCCAUUAUAGAAAAAUCUAAGGAAACUAAAAAAACAUUGUCUGAAAGUUUUAUAGAUACAUCAAGUUUUUACACGCCUAAAGAUCCGUUUAUAACAAUAAAACUCAAUAAAGUCGUUAAAACUACGAUACCGAAAUUUAAAAAAGAAACCUGUGAGAAAAUUGCAUUUGUGCAAAAUAAAUUUGAAAAGGCGCCACCAAAGCUAGUGAUAAAAGAAAAUAAAAACUGUCCAGAGUCUUCCAUUCAUACAUUUAAAAAAGUAAUUACAACAAUGACUCGACCGCAAGUACUAACAGUAAUAGAUUCAAAGAGUAGAAAACAUAGUGCCAGUUCAAAUGUAGACACUGGGUCUGAAUCAAAAGUAACAUUAAACAAUACCAUUAAACCAGAAAAGCCGGUUGAGGUUAAAGAAGAAAUCAAAGAUAUUAAGAUAGAAAACAACGUUAAAGAAAAAUUAAAUAACGCCAUAAAGACAGAUCUUGAAUAUCAAGAGAAACUAAAUUCAGUUAAAAAUUACUGGUCUAAACUUAUAGAUAAAUCGCCUGAAGGAAACAUAAGACAAGAUGUAAAUGCAACGCAAGAAGAUUCUAACAGUAAAACUGAUAUUGAAAGCGGCAAUGACAAAGAGCCACAAAAAGAUGAAAACCACAUACGUAUUCCUGAAAUAUCUGUAGGAAGCAUUAUCAAAUCUUUAGAAAGUGUUAAAAUUGUUGACAGUAUAAGAAAAUUAAGUCAGACCAAAUUACAACUAUGGAAAGAUGAAACUGAAAAGGUCAAAAGUGAUUCUGAAGUAGAGGAACCGCCUAUAGAGAAAAUCGUUAAAGAAACUCAAGAAAACACAUAUGAAAAACCCAUACGCAAAGAAUCUGAUAUUGAAUCAAAUAGAGACACGCCUGAAAUUGAAAUUGUGGAAUUAAGCAGUGACGAUAACCAAAAUCAAAAAACCCAAGCUACGCUAAUAAAAGCAAAAAGUUAUGAAAAAGGUUGUGACGAAUUUGAUCAUGUCCGAUAUAAAGUAAUGAAAUCCGAACUAUUCAAAAAUAGUAUGAUAGCCAACUAUCGUAAGGAAGCGCAAUUCGACGGCUUGUUGCAAUAUUUACAAGAUUACAGCUUUCAAGAACUUCUCGUAAAUAAUAAUAUUGUAAUUAUUGAACCCGUCAGAACAAAAGUUGAACCGGUACCUAGAAAAAAUACAGAUACGUGCAAGAUUCCACCAACACUUUUAAAGAAAAAUGACAGUAACGCUGGACAAACUGAUAAAUCGAAAAAUGUCAUUCGACGACACUUUUUUUACCACCCUAUCAGAGUAAAUAAAGAAAUCAUAGAAGAAGAAUUGCCCAAUCCAGAUACAGUUAAGAAAGUUCGGAACUUAUUUGAGGAUACCUUAAAAAUGAAAACACCUAUGACUCACGAUCCUCCACUAAUUGAUGAAAAUAUCGGUUUGACUCGGCGUGCAACAUCAUACAGAAAUUUAAACGAAGAGUCAAAAGGGACCAAAAACGGCGGUAGAAAGAAGGUUAUUAGGCAGUUGACCAUAGACACUAACUAUGGAAAUAAAAAGUGGGACAAUGCUAGUCUUUCCAGUGGAGUAUCCAGUGGGGAUCUCAGUUCUAACAACGAAUACGAAACAGAUGGUCUUAGUCCAUAUCCACAGAAGCAUCUUAAAGACAAUGCUUAUAGUUCAAGUGAAGAAUAUCUCUGCGACUCAAUGAGUCAAGACUUUUGCUGUGAAAGUCAAUACGUCAGUCCAGAUAUAUUAAAGAAAAUCAGAGAUUGCGGAACAUCAGUGACAUAUUAUGGUGGGAAAGUUUUAAAUUCCAAAACGUCAGUCAGUCCUAUGACAAAAGCAAUAAUGGAAGAAAUUAAAAGUUUACAAAAAAACUGCAGUAGAGAUUGUUAUUCUUGUCAAACGAAAUGCCGAGGAGACAAGUGUUCAUGUCUUGUUGCUGACAAACAUAAACAAAUAGUAACAGAAAAAAGAAACUCAAACGCUUCAGAAGACGCAAUAAGUCAAAAUCAAGAAAAAAACAAACUAAGAGAAGGUUUUCCCGGAUUUAAAUUUAAACUAGUAAAGUCCAACAGCUGCAGCAGUCGGUUAGAAUUAACAGGCACUGACGACAGCAAAAACCCUAGAGUAAAAUACAGGAAACAAUUAUCUAAAGAAGACCCACCAUUGGUACACGACGAUGAGAAUUCCGUAAAAAAUAAAAUAUGUAGGCUUGAGAGCUACAGCAAAGGUAUAGCUAAAACUCCCUUUGAGAGCAAAGACAACGAAAUUAAAAAAGUGAUUCUUAAACCAAAAUUUGAAGUAACAAAACAAAAUGACGAUGGUAUAAAAAAAAGUGAAACCGUUUCACAACCGAACCCGCCAGUAAUUGUAGAAACAAACGAAAAAGAAGAGACCAAAGACCAAGAAAGUAAAGAAAACGUAGAGAAUCAAAAAGCAGGAUCCCAGGCGGAAAAAGCUUCAACUGACCCGCAUAGCUUUGAAAAGAAAUUUUAUUACGUGAAUGAUAACCUGGAACAAAGCAAAGCGACGACGGGAAAGUUUGGAGAAAUGGUAUUCGAGGAAUUCGAAGUGUUAGAAUCCUGUUACGAUAGUUUAAAUAGUAAUAAGUCACUGAAUUAAUAUAAAUAAUUAUGAUUAAUUGUAAGAGUUUAAGCUGGUGCUUACAUAAAUUGUGAUCUGUAUUCAAAUGACUUAAAUUAUUACUAGAUAUAGUACGUAUAAAAACAAUUAUCGUAGAAUAAUCAUGUAUCUAACUUAGUUUAUAGUCAAACUAUUUGUAGCGUAUAUUGAUACAUAUUAACAUUCCAAAAAUUGUACUGUAAUUUUGGUGAUGGUCUCUUCUGUAUUAAACGUAUUUUUUGAAUCAAC